UUCGUCGCACGAGGACACCCUCAUGCCUGUGUAUCCCACAUCAGCCUCAGUUUUGACCGUUUAAUCUGAUUUAAAACUAGUUUCAGGGAUGGACACCGAUAAAACUACAACCCCAGAGGCUGGCGCCGCAAUGGAGAGCAAAGACGACACGGAGUCCUUCACAAAGGUGAAGUCUAAAAAGAGUCAGAAGCGAAAACGUGAACAAGAUGGAGCGGACAUGGACACUGAGGGGCCCGUGGCGAACAAGCGGCCGCAGUUUCCACCGAUAUCAAGCGACAAAUUAAGGGGACCAACUGAGAUGCGCAAAAUCCCCGUCCCAGCUCACAGGUACACCCCGCUGAAAGAAAACUGGCUGAAGAUUUUCACCCCCAUUGUAGAGAACCUGCAGCUUCAAGUUAGAUUCAACCUCAAAACUAGGAAUGUUGAAAUCAAAACAUGCAAAGAAACAGAGGACAUUGCCUCACUCACUAAAGCAACAGAUUUUGUUAGAGCGUUUAUUCUGGGAUUCCAGGUUGAAGAUGCUUUAGCUCUGAUCAGAUUAGAUGAGCUUUUCCUAGAAAGCUUCGAUGUCACAGACGUGAAACCUCUGAAGGGAGACCACUUAUCCAGAGCCAUUGGAAGAAUAGCAGGAAAGGGAGGGAAGACCAAAUUCACCAUUGAGAACGUCACAAAGACUCGCAUUGUUCUUGCAGACACAAAAGUUCACUUAUUAGGAUCUUUCCAGAAUAUCAAGAUGGCCCGGACAGCGAUAUGUAACUUAAUCUUAGGAAGUCCACCUUCAAAGGUCUACGGCAACAUCAGGGUGGUGGCCAGCCGGGCUGCUGAGAGAUUCUGAAGCCUGAUUGGCUGCAGUGUGUAUUUAUCCUCCCCUCCCAUUGCCUGAUGGAACCCUACAUUGAUCUGUGACUGUUUGGACUGACACCUCAGGUUCCUCUGUCAUGGCCUCAUGCACAAAGCUGACACACUUUGGAUCAGUUGACCCCAAACAUGAGGCUAAAUAAUGAUACAUGCAUUAACAGAGUGCGACUAUCUGUGAGCAUACGUUUGUGUAAAUAAAUAAUUUCAAUCCCGACGAA